GUAAAUUUAAAAUGGUGUCCAUACGCAACUUUUGAAGAGUCCUGCAAAGUACUUAUUUGAAAUGGGGGGCCCGCGCUUACACUUCACAUUCCCCUUCAACUAGGCGCGAUACAGGGCCUUUCGUACUUAGAAUUACGAUGGUCGAGAGACAGACUUUCUCUCGCCUUCUUUUGAACUUUCCCUCCUAUCUUAUCCUUUGGUCUAUAUCCUUCCUGUUCCCAUCUCCCCAACAGCAUGAAGGCACAUCCCACCGAAGCUUCCCGCUCCGAGAAUCGUCGAAAGGUAUACAAGAAACCCCGCAAUCCAAAAGCAUGCACUUGGUGCCACCAAAAUAAGCGCGAAUGCGAUAGGAAUUGGGAGUCCGAUAAGAAAUGUUCGCAAUGUGAGGGUUGGAACUCGGAGUGCACUCCACACCACCCCAAGUCUCGGAAAUCGAAGAAGGGGGUGGACACGACAGGCAUCUCGUACCCCGCCAUUCCAGAAGUCCCACAGGCUGAGCCACAUUUAAGCAUCGAUCUAGCCAGUGGGGAAAGUCCCCAUUAUGGGGGUUUCGAACAACCCCCUGCAUGCAACGUGCCGCAGAAUAUGUCAAUGGCCUCGGCCAUUGAGUGGGCAAAUCUCUUCUUUGGUGGCGUUUUCGAUCAAAGCCGAUUCAAGCAGCGGUCGUGGCUCCCAAGAGACGUGGGUGAUGACCACGAAUAUUUUGGUAUAAUGUUGCUCCGAGUCCUUGAUCUCUUUGGCGAGGAAAUUGGGGGAGACAAACUUAGGAAGGCCACGCAGGCCUAUGGGGAGGAGUCCGCCUUGCCAACUCUGGCCACCGUUAUGGCCACCAUGAUGCUAUCGCAUCAGCUGCCUAGCUCGAGGCACCAGUUUGGUGAAUAAAAUCUCUCUAGCUUUUCCUCUACCUCCCUUAAUGUCCUCACUAGCAAAUGAUCUCCUAAACGCCGCGUAUGGAUGUUCGUGGCCCUCUUUGUGUCCAUGUAUCUUAUCGCCGACCAUCUCAUAGGGUUAGAUUCCUGUGACGAGCACACCUUCCUGAGGAAUGUGGCUCGGCAUAAGAUUAAAAGCCUCCUG